AUGGAGCUCCACCACGCCGCCGCUACUCUCAUAACUCUCUCCCUUUUCCUACUCCCUUCCACCACCACUGCCCACAACAUCACCGCCAUCCUCGCCAAAUACCCCGACUUCUCCACAUUCAACAACUAUCUAACCGCCACGCUCCUUUCGCCGGAGAUCUACCGCCGCGACACAAUCACCGUCUGCGCCAUCGACAACGCCGCCAUGGACCGCUUCCUCUCCAACGACCUCACUCUCGGCGCCAUCAAGAACGUCCUCUCCCUUCACAUCCUCCUCGACUACUUCGACGCCGAGAAGCUCCUCCUCCUCCCCAACGGCACCGCCCAAUCCCCCACCCUGUCCCCGCCCCCCGCCUCCGUCCAGAUCACCAACCUCAACGGCGGAAACGUCGGCUUCUCCCCAAAAGCUGCCCCCGUCGCCGCCACAUUCGUUAAAUCCGUCGAGUCCGUGCCGUACAACUUAUCCGUUAUACAGAUCUCCGCCGCCUUGCUUAUCUCGGCCGCCGCCCCGGCCCCGGCCCCUGCUCCGAGUGAGGCCAAUCCCACGGCCGCCAUGUCGGCCCACGGCUGCAGCGUGUUUGCCGCCUUGCUGGUCUCCAGCGCGGAGGCGGAGCGGGCUUUCGAGGCCAACAAUGUGACUGGAUUAACCGUGUUCUGCCCAGUCGACGACGCCAUGAUCAGCUUCAUCCCGAUAUUCGAGAACCUGACGGACGACGGGAAGCAGGCGCUGCUUGAGUAUCACGGGAUGGGGUUCUACGCGUCGCUCUCCGGCCUGCGAUCAACUAACGGAGAGGUGAGCACUUUAGCAACUGAUGGAGCAGCAAAGCAGUUCAGGCUUAACGUGGUGAACGACGGAGAUGACGUCACGAUCAAGACGCCGAUGGUGACGGCGAAGAUCGUCGGUACCGUGUUGGAUAAGGAUCCGCUGGCCAUAUUCCAGUUGGAUAAGGUUUUGAUGCCAUUGGAGGUGUUCAGAUCGCCGGCUCUGGCGCCUUCUCCGGCGGCCGGGGACUAUUCGCUACCGGCGCCAGAUGCUCCGGCGGAAUCUCCGGCCGAUGGUUCCCAUCGGAAACCCAAUGGCGCUGCGGCUAGAUUUAUCAGUAAUGGCGUGAGUUUGAGCCUCGGUUUAGUAUUCAUACUACAGUUUUGA